AUGCCCGCAACGUCGCGAUUCACUAGGCUCGAUGCCUUUGCCAAGACCGUCGAAGAUGCGCGCAUUCGCACCAACUCUGGUGGUGUCAUCACCAUCGCGUCGCUAUUGAUAGUUUUGUGGCUAGUGUGGGGAGAAUGGGCCGACUAUCGCCGGGUUGUAGUGCAGCCAGAGCUCAUCGUCGAUAAGUCGCGAGGUGAGAGGAUGGAGAUUCACUUGAAUAUGACAUUUCCUCGGUUACCCUGCGAACUCUUGACUCUGGAUGUCAUGGAUGUCUCAGGCGAACUCCAAACAGGUGUUGCACACGGUGUGAACAAGGUCCGGCUUUCUCCGCCCUCCGAAGGCGGACGUGUCAUUGAUGUCCAAUCGUUGGAUCUGCACUCGCCUUCAGAUGCCGCUGCGCACCUUGCCCCAGACUACUGCGGUGAGUGCUACGGAGCCACCCCUCCGGAAAACGCGAUCAAGCCUGGCUGCUGUAGCACUUGCGAUGAAGUCCGCGAGGCGUACGCGCAGAAGACAUGGGCCUUCGGAAUUGGUGAGAAUAUUGAGCAAUGUGAGCGCGAGGGCUAUAGUGAGAAGCUCAAGGCCAUGCAUCGCGAGGGCUGCCGUGUGGAAGGCGUGCUCCGAGUGAACAAGGUGGUUGGCAACUUUCACAUUGCUCCUGGCCGUAGCUUCACAAACAUGAACAUGCAUGCCCACGAUCUGAAGAACUACGAUGUGCCCGGCACCCCACCCGACGAGCAGCACACUAUGACCCACGAGAUCCAUGAGCUUCGAUUCGGACCCCAGCUUCCUCCCGAGCUCGCCGGUCGUUGGCAAUGGUCGGAUCACCACCAUACGAACCCGCUUGACGACACGAAGCAGGCGACCAAUGAGCCUGCGUACAACUUCAUGUAUUUCAUCAAGGUUGUGUCAACCUCUUAUCUCCCUCUGGGCUGGGAUCCUCUCUUUUCGUCAGCCAUUCACAGCGCCUACGACAAGGCACCUCUGGGCACCCAUGGCCUGGGAUAUGGUGCUCAGGGCAGCAUCGAAGCCCACCAGUAUUCAGUUACUUCCCACAAGCGUUCCCUCAUGGGUGGCGACGAUGCUGCCGAGGGCCACAAGGAGCGUAUGCAUGCCGCGGGCGGUAUUCCUGGUGUUUUCUUUAAUUAUGACAUCUCUCCCAUGAAGGUGAUCAACCGUGAAACUCGCCCGAAGACAUUCACCGGUUUCCUGACCGGUGUCUGUGCCAUCAUCGGCGGUACCCUGACUGUUGCCGCGGCACUGGACCGGGGUUUCUAUGAAGGAAGCAUGCGCAUCAAAAAACUGCACUCGAAUUAA